UUGCAUCUAACUCCCAUUUCCUAACCACAGCGAGAUUCAUCUGCCCACUCCCUCGCUCAGUGGUUCUCAUCUGUUUUUUCGUGGAUCUGUAGUCUCGAAGUCCCCUACAACUGCUCCGUGUCCCCGUCGUAGGGAUUUUCCUCUUGCGGCUUUUUCUGCCGCUGUGGAUCUAGAGGGCCGUCAGAUUCCAGAUCUCAAGAUGUAUCGCCUCAGCAGUGUAGGGCGGAUAGCCGCCCUGGCGUGUGUGCUGCUGUCGGCCUCCCUGCUAGCAGUUCCGUCACAUGCCUUCUACUUACCUGGAAUGUACCCGAAGGCUCAUGCUCCGAAUUCCGUGAUUAACGUCAAGGUGAACUCGCUCACAUCGAACGAGACGGGUCUCCCCUUCAACUUCUACAGCCUGCCGUUCUGCAGGCCCGAGGAGGGCAUUCAGAAGCUGGACGAGAAUUUCGGCGAGGUCCUGGUGGGAGACAUGAUCGAGAAUUCGCCGUACAAGUUCAACAUGCUCGUCACGCAGCGCGCCGUCAAGGUGUGCGAUUCCGGCCCGCUGAACGAAUCUGACGUGGAGCACUUUAAGAUGCGCAUCGACGACCACUACCAUAUUAAUCUGCUGCUGGACAAUCUCCCGGUGACGCUGUACGCGCUGGAGGAGAACCCCGGCGACAUCCUCACCGGCUUCCCCAUCGGCUACGUCAGCAACGGCCAGUACUACAUCUACAAUCACAUCCUUUUUAAGGUUCUCGUGCAUGAGUAUAAGGAGACUCCCGCCGGCCUCGCCGGCAUGUCCAUCGGCGAUUCCACGCUGGAUGUGCUCCCAGAGGAGGGGUACCCCGAGGGCAAGAACAACUCCGGCUAUCUGGUUGUCGGAUUCGAGUCAGCUGCGUGCAGCAUCCGCCGCGUCCCGGAUUCGUCGAAACCGCGCUACACCGCUCUGGAUCCCGUGGACUGCUUCAAGACCGAUCCACAGCCCAUCGCACCGGGCGAGACGAUCGUGUUCACCUUCGACGUGCUGUGGGAGAAGAGCCCUAUCCAGUGGGCCAGCCGGUGGGACGCGUACCUGAAGAUGCGCAGCGACCAGGUGCACUGGUUCUCCAUCCUCAACUCGCUCAUGGUCAUCUCCUUCCUCGCCGGCAUGGUGUUCGUGAUUCUCCUACGCUCCGUGCAUCGCGAUCUGGCGAAGAUCGAGCAGCUGGACAAGGAGGAGGCGCAGCAGCUGGCGGACGAGAGUGGGUGGAAGCUCGUGGUGGGCGACGUGUUCCGCACGCCCAACUACCCGGGCAUCCUCUGCGUCGUCGUCGCCAACGGCACGCAGCUCAUCGCCAUGGCGACGGUUACCAUCUUCUUCGCCGCGCUCGGGUUCAUGUCGCCGGCGUCGCGCGGAGCGCUGCUGAUGGGCAUGGUGUUCCUGUACCUGAUGCUCGGCGCCGCCGCUGGCUACGUGGGGGCGCGCCUGUGGGUGACUCUUACCGGCCUGACGGAGGGAGCCGUGGUGCUGGCGUUCAAGGUGGCGUGCUUCUUCCCGGGUAUCUGCGCCAUUGUGCUCACCCUGGUGAACUUCCUGCUGUGGGGCACGGGCAGCACCGGUGCCGUGCCGCUGGCGCUCUACUUCUACCUCUUCUUCAUCUGGUUCGUCAUCUCCGUGCCGCUCACCAUCGCCGGCACGCGCGCGGGCUUCAGGGCGGAGCGCCUGCAGUACCCCGUGCGCACGAACCAGAUCCCGCGCCAGAUCCCGGAGCAGAGCUACUCCCCGUGGCUGCUGAUCAUCGGCGGCGGCAUCCUGCCGUUCGGAACGCUGUACAUCGAGCUGUUCUUCAUCAUGUCGUCCAUGUGGAUGCAACGCAUCUACUACGGCUUCGGGUUCCUCUUCAUCGUGCUCAUCCUGCUCAUUGUCGUCUGCGCGGAAGUGGCCGUGGUGUUCACCUACCUGCAGCUGACCAUGGAGGACUACCGCUGGUGGUGGCGCAGCUUCUUCGCGUCGGGCGCUGUGGCGUUCUACGUGUUCCUGUACUCGAUCAACUACCUGAUUGUGGACCUGCACCGCAUGCACGGCACGCUGUCGGCGAUCAUCUUCAUGUGCUACUCUCUGCUUAUGACGCUCGCGAUCUUCCUGGCGACGGGCGCCGUGGGGUUCUUCUCGUCCGCGUUCUUCGUGUACUACCUCUUCUCGUCCGUCAAGCUCGACUAGACGCACACAUGCGCGCUCCCAGGGCCACUGGUCAGUCCACACUAGAGGCGGGCGUGGGACUCGUCACAGCGCUUGGCAGUCUCCGCUGGUUAGGUUCAGGGCAUUAGACUGCUGUGUGGCUCAUGCGUGAGCUGUGGGGAUGCGUGGAAGUGGUGGAUGAACAGAAUGUAACGCCUAGGCGCUCGUACCUGGUUCUUGAUUGGGAGUGGUUGGCCUUUCUGUGGUGGCGUACCUUGUGGUGGAUUGAUGGUGUGUCCUUAGUUGCUGUGCAUGGACAAGAUCUCUGGAUUAUUGUAGUUAGACCUACUUUGAUUGGUUCGUUGGUGUGAUUGUUGUUAGCAGGCGCCUCUCCAACAGGGCAUCAGCGGCCCACACUCUUUUACCAUAGUUGUUACCUCUCUUUACCCUAAACCUCU